AAGAAAUCGAAUCUGUCCAGUCUCUGUUGUACUUCCUGUUGCUUUUUUUUUGUUGCACUGUGGAGAUGUUGGGGAGUCUGUGGCUGGUCUGCUUUUGCUUCUGCUUCACCUGCGCUGAAGCUCACAUCUGGGCUUGGAUGCUCAAUAUACCUCACAUCCCUCCCAAGGAAGGACCAAAAGCACUUACUGCUCCUGUCGUGAAGCCAGCCACGGCUGCAUGUGACCAUGACCGGGCUUGCGGGCGAGGUUUCUCGUGCGAUCGCCACUUCGGCCUGUGUGUGCCUUUGCGAGGGGAGGGCCAUUACUGUCGCAGGGAUGCCCAGUGUGUUCGCGGACUCAGUUGCAUGUUUGGGAAAUGUCACCGCAGCAUCCCCAGUGGGCAAGAGGGUGCUCGGUGUAAAGUGGACCGGGACUGUGGGGCAUCGAUGUGUUGUGCCCGACACCAUGGUGAGCAAGUGUGCAAGAGACGCCUGACCCAUGGUGAAAGCUGUUACGUGCCUGACGGUGGCCUGGCAUUCAGCAUCAACCAGAUCUGCCCGUGUGUUGAGGGACUACUAUGUCGUGAAAACAGUGCACCACACAGGAGAGCGAGGGAUUUUAUUUACCAGCCUGACCAUAAAAGUUGGACCUGCCAAGCACCCAAACCCUGA